AUGAUGAGAUUUCGGAAUUGGGUUCUGCUAUCCUUGUCAGGCUGUGGCCUUGCUGAGACAAUUACGACUUUAAACACUGCUAUCAGCAACUGUCCGCCCCUAGGUGCAGUUCUUCCCCCGCCCAAGAAGCCUUCUACGGACGCGGCAGUGAAAGCAGUCUUGUCUGAACUCGAGGUGUUGCAAAAAGAGGUCAGUGUGCAAUUCGGGAAUGCAACGGGGCUGUCGUUGUCAAUUGCAUCCGCGUAUGAAGACGAUGUUCUUGCCAGUCUGUCAUACACCCCGCCGCUUUACAACUGCACGGGGACACAUAAGGUAGAUGGCGAUACUGUCUUCAGGAUAGCAAGCGUCAGUAAGGUCUUCACUGUCCUAGGUCUGCUCUUACUUGGCGACAAGGUCAACUUCUCAGACCCCAUCACCAAAUACGUGCCGGAGCUUAACCGGCUCAAGGCGGAGCAAAAAGUGCAGAAUCGCGUUACGACCGUUGACUGGGACCUCAUUUCUAUCGAUGCCCUAGCCAGUCAGCUCGCAGGAGUUGGGAGCAACCUGGGGAACGAUCUCGCCAACAACCCUGCACUGAACCUCACAAAGUACGGUCUUCCGGAUUUGGCACCAGGUGAACACAGCGAAUGUGGUGACCUACCUUCGUCGAAAACAUGUACUUGGGAAGACUUUUGGAAUAAGUUUGGCAGACGAGUGCCAUCCUACGGGCCAUAUACUACUCCAGCAUACAGUGAUGUAACUUACGAUAUCCUGGGCCUGGCGAUCGAGCGUGUCUCGGGAGAAUCUUACGGAGAUUUUAUCCAGAAACACAUAUUCACACCCCUUAACAUGACACGCUCGUACGUUAGCAAGCCAGAAGAUGACAGCAUUGGCUUCAUCUCCAGGGAGCCCAACUUCUGGAGCACGUCAAUGGGAUUUGAACAAGCUGACGGUGGCUUUUAUUCCUCGGCACAUGAUCUCACCAGAUUCGGUCAAGCUAUCCUAAAACAUGAACUUAUUGACGAAGUAACAACGAAUGCCUGGCUCAAGCCACGCUCGCACACGUCCUCGUUAGGAUUCUCAGUGGGUGCGCCUUGGGAGAUUGGUCGAGCCAACAACCUGACCCUCGAUGGUCGCAUAAUCGACGUAUACAGCAAGAUCGGUGGCCUGCCCGACUAUGACACGCUCUUCAUGAUUAUUCCCGACUACGGACUCACCGUGUCAAUGAUCUCGGCUGGGCAGGCGUCCAGCGUAACGACGCAGCUGGGGCUCGCAAACCAAGAUCCUCAAGCCCUUAGUGAGAGGCUUCGAGGCAGCUGCAGCAUCAAACUGGGCAUUGACGAUCAGUCUGGGCUUCACGUGCAGAGCUGGGUCAUGAAUGGCCAAGAUAUCUUGGAAGACUAUCCCAUUAUCGCGUCGUUCGGUUCAGAGCCAAGCAGUUCAUCGUACCUGUCGGUGCGCCUGUUUCCCACUGGCUUGCAGAGCAAGGUUUCCUCGGCCUGGCGCGCCGUCUACAAUACCUUGCCACCGGCAGCGGUCCCGGAAGAAGACGCUCUAUUUAUUUUGCAGGUUGGUUGCCAAAGUUGGGAAACUAUAGAUAACUUGGUUUAUGGAUAUAACGCGCUGGAUGAUUUCGUGUUUGGGCUCAACAGUUCUGGUGACGCUGCGAUAAGCAUUACACCACGGGCUUUCCGUCAGACACUCACGCGAGUUUGA